AUGUUUAAAAGAGUUAUCAUUGGUACAGGCUUUCUAACCACAGGUCUCUUAUGUUACCAAUAUGGUAGAACCAGACCCCAUUCCUCAUUCAUUCCUCCUGAUAUGUUCCCAUCAGGAUCAACCACUUCCCUUCCCAAGAUCUCCCCGCCGGUGUAUGCCAAUGAUAGUCAAUUCCAUCAGGCCAUCAACAAAUUGAAAGAUAUCUUAAAAGAGGACCAAAUCAAAGAUUCCAAAGUGGAGAUAGAGUAUCAUACCAGGAACGAGUUUACUCCCCAUGAGCCUGGUGCCAACGAUAAGCCCAGAGUGGUGGUAUACCCUCAUCUGACGGAAGAAGUUUCCCAAAUCAUGAAGAUUUUGAAUGAUUACAAGGUCCCCGUAGUACCAUUUUCCGGUGGAACUUCGUUAGAAGGUCACUUCUUCUCCACCAGACAAGGUGUGGUCCUUGACACGUCGAAAAUGAAUAAGAUUUUGGCAGUUAACUACGAUGAUUUGGAUGUGGUCGUUCAAGCCGGAGUUAAUUGGGUAAAGUUGAACGAGUCAUUGAAACCUGAUAAUCUCAUGAUUGGUUCUGAUUGUGGACCUGAUGGGUUGAUCUCGGGGAUGAUCAAUACCAAUGCUUCAGGGAUUAAUGCUUCCAAGUAUGGAGCUAUGAUUUCCAAUGUUAUAAAUUUAACCGUAGUUUUGCCCGACGGGACCAUCAUUAAGACCAAGCAGAGACCUAGAAAGACCAGUAGUGGAUACUCCUUGACCCAUUUAUUCAUUGGAAGUGAAGGAACGUUGGGAAUCGUCACUGAGGCCACCCUCAAGUUACAUCCUAUCCCUAAAUUUGAGACCGUGAUUGUUGGACAAUUCCCAUCAUUGCUCGACUCCACCAAUACCGUAAGUCAAAUCUAUAGAAAUGGAAUCCAUCCCAAUGCCAUAGAACUUCUUGAUGCCGACAUGAUGCAUUGUAUCAAUUAUUCAGGAUACUUUUCUAAAGAAUGGGAUGAAGUUCCUACGUUAUACUUCAAAAUAGGAGGCUUAACCCCCACCAUGGUAGAAGAACAAGUCAAAGUAUUGAAGGAUAUCAGUCUUAAGAACAACUGUACCAAUUUCAUCAAAGCCAAAGAUAAAGAAGAAGCGGAAGAAUUGUUUAGUGCACGUAAAAAUGCUUUCUACGCCAUUUUGAACUAUGGAAAGAAUGAAAUCAAUGAAGAUGUUAGACUUUGGGUCACAGAUAUCGCUGUUCCGUUAUCGAAACUUUCACCAGUUUUGAACGAGAUCAAUACCAUGAUCAGAAAAUCCGGUUUACAGUCCAUCAUUCUUGCUCAUGCUGGAGAUGCUAAUUUCCAUUGUGACGUGUUCUAUAGAGAAUCGGAAAAAGAGAAAUGUGAAGCGUUGAUCAAUGAAAUGAUGGAUUUAGGUUUGGCGAAUGAAGGGACUUCUAGUGGAGAGCACGGAAUUGGGAACGGAAAACGGAAUUUCCUUGUUAAAGAGUUGGGCCAAGAUACGGUAGACUUCAUGAGACGUAUUAAGUUGGCGGUGGACCCCAAUAGGAUAAUGAAUCCGGAUAAGAUAUUUAAGAUUGAUCCUGAGGAUGAUGGUCCUUAUUGA